GAGAGCGGCGACUUCUGAAAGGCAUUGCCCUCGCGACGGGGGCGGAAGCGGAACCCCGGCAUGUGGUGGUGCUUUGGACGGAGUCGGGCGGCUUGGGGGAAGUUCGCCGCUUCUUUUUCCUUGGUCCCUGUCGCCGGUGCGCGAUGCCGUGGGCAAGCCCUGCCACGGCGCUGGCUCAGCGGCCAGCCGGACUUGCGCGAGUUGUUCGCGAGGCCGGCGCUUCAGCGCUUCCUGGACCAGUAUUCCCGGCCAAAAGAGCACUCCGACGGCGUCCCUUCGGCGUUGGCAGCGCGGAUUCGCCUCUUGCGAGACAAGGAAGAGGAGCUGCUCGAGACAGAGCGCUUGGCGCGAGAAGAUGAAAAUGAAGAUUUGCGGAAGCUUGCAGAAAAGGAAGUUAUUUCCUGUCAGGAAGAGAUAGAAGAACUGAGACAUCAGGUAUAUCACUUGUUGAAGCAUGACAUUUAA